AGGGAGAGAGAGAGCGAGAGAGAGCGAGAGAGAGCGAGGGGGGCUGCUGCUGGAAGGGAUACUGGACUUUUUUAUUUUUUUAUUUUUAUCACGUUUAUCACCGACGAAACGUUUACAUCGAUUGGGGCUUUUCUUUUUUUCCCCCCUUCUUUUUCUUCUUCUUCUUUAUCUAUUUUAAGGAGCUCGGGGGAACAUAUCAGCUGUAGGAAGGUUAGCUAGCCACCGCCAUCUCUUCUCCGUCGCAGCGGCCGCCGUGUCUUCCGCACCAUGGGCAACGCUGCCACCGCCAAGAAGGGCAACGAGCUUGAGAGCGUGAAAGAGUUUCUAGCCAAAGCCAAAGAAGAUUUCUUACGGAAAUGGGAAUGCCCACCACAGAGCACAACGUGCCUAGAUGACUUUGACAGAUUAAAGACUCUGGGUACCGGCUCAUUUGGAAGAGUCAUGCUGGUGAAACACAAAGGAACAGAGCAAUACUUUGCCAUGAAAAUACUGGACAAGCAGAAGGUGGUUAAACUCAAGCAAAUAGAACACACAUUAAAUGAGAAGAGGAUAUUGCAGGCCGUGAGCUUCCCCUUUCUCGUCAAACUUGAGUAUGCGUUUAAGGACAACUCCAAUUUGUACAUGGUGAUGGAGUAUGUUCCCGGAGGAGAGAUGUUUUCACACCUAAGACGAAUCGGAAGGUUCAGUGAACCACAUGCAAGGUUUUAUGCCGCCCAGAUAGUGCUGACAUUUGAGUACCUCCAUUCACUAGAUCUCAUAUACAGAGAUCUGAAACCUGAGAACCUUCUCAUUGACCACCACGGCUACAUUCAAGUGACAGACUUUGGAUUUGCAAAACGGGUAAAAGGCAGGACCUGGACGUUGUGUGGGACACCGGAGUACCUGGCGCCAGAAAUCAUUCUCAGCAAAGGCUAUAACAAAGCUGUGGAUUGGUGGGCCCUUGGAGUCCUCAUCUAUGAAAUGGCAGCUGGCUACCCUCCAUUCUUUGCAGAUCAACCCAUUCAGAUCUAUGAGAAGAUCGUGUCUGGGAAGGUACGAUUCCCCUCCCACUUCAGCUCUGACUUGAAAGACCUGUUGAGAAACCUGCUGCAGGUGGAUCUGACUAAACGCUACGGCAACCUGAAGAACGGAGUCAAUGACAUCAAGGGCCACAAAUGGUUUGCCACAACAGACUGGAUCGCAAUCUACGAGAGAAAGGUGGAAGCCCCAUUCAUACCAAAGUGCAGAGGCCCGGGGGACACUAGCAACUUCGACGACUACGAGGAGGAGGAGAUCCGCGUUUCUUUAACGGAAAAAUGCGCAAAGGAGUUUGCAGAGUUUUAGGACGCCAGAACAUGGAUAUAUCAGGGAAAUAAGGGGAUCUUUGCACUCUUCUAAAGACUUUGGAUGGAGCAGAGACCAUCGUUUUUCAGAUCUACUACAUAGUCCCUUCAUUCCACAAGGCUGAAUGAGGUUGCCAUGAUCCUUGGGUGCCGAUAACCUCUCACUGUCACGUACACCUGCGUAUUAAAGCAGACACACCACUUUUUUCUUUUUCUUUUUCAUUUUCAUUUUCUUUUUUUUUCUUUUCUUUUUUUUA